AUGGAAUUAAACAUCUCUCAAUGUGUUAAAUAUUUCAGUGCUCUUCUUAAAGGCCUUCCUCCAUCAUUUGAACAGCAAGAGAUCAUUCUAACCAACUUAGUUUACUUCUCAGUGAACUCCCUCGCGUUACUUGGUGCGCUUGACUCACUGGACAAAGAAACUAAGGAUCAAAUCAUAGAAUGGAUCUACAAACAGCAAGUCCAUGCUCCCCUCUCUGGUGGAUUUAGGCCAUCUUGUAUUCAUGAAACUCCAGAUCAUAAAGUUGAAGAAUCUCAUAUUACAAUGACAUAUUGCGCACUUGCAGUAUUAAUUCUUCUCGGAGACAACCUCGAACGUGUUGAAAAGGAUCGAAUUUUUGCAGAACUGAAGUCUUUGCAGUUACCAAACGGAACAUUCAUGGGACAUCAUCUCGGCUCUGAAGCAGAUUUAAGAUUUACAUUCUGUGCAGCAGCAAUAUGCGCUCUUCUUGGUUCUAAUGGCGAUUUAAACAUCGAUUCUGCAAUUAAUUACAUAUUAGACUGCCAGACAUACGAAGGUGGCUUUGCCCAUGAGCCUGGACAAGAAGCCCACGGCGGAGCUACGUAUUGCGCUAUUUCAUCCCUCAAAAUUUGGGGAGCUAUCGAUCGAAUCAAAGAUAAACAAGCGUUAGCAUACUGGCUAUCACAAAGACAAGAUGAUGGAUUCAAUGGACGUACUAACAAGCUUACCGAUACAUGUUAUUCCUUCUGGAUCGGCGCUCCUUUGAAAACUUUAGGUUGGUUUGACGAUUUCGUCAACAAAGAGAGGCUGACGACAUUUAUCUUCAGUAACUACUGCGGACAUGGCAUGUUCCGCUCGAAUUCGACUGCAGCGCCAGAUCUCCUUCAUACCCACUUUUCUUUGGUUGGUCUUUCAUUGUGCGGCUUCCCAGGACUUGAACAAAUUGAUUCUGUACUUGGUUUGGUCUCAAAACACCUUCCAGAGAGAAUUAGAAAAAUUACACAAUCAAAUUGA